AUGGAAUUCUCAGGCACUUUGGCUGCGUUGCGUGAGGAUCUUGCAGCAUGCUGUCAGAAGCAGCCAGGCGAGGUACCGUGGCCGUGGAUCGCAACGAAAGUAGCAUCGCUGCUGACAGCACAUGGAAAUAUGACGCGGACGGUUCUGUUAACUGAACUUGAAGCGUCAUGGCACUCGCUAAUAGCCAAGGAAUCUGCGGAUGGUGAGAUAUUCCGGACAGUUGAUCCAUUCCUAGGAUGCUCUAUUCCGCCACCGCUAUCAACUCGUUUCCACCUGAAGGUUUUGCAGACACACAAGCUUCCAGGGACAGAUAUCUGGCUAUGGAGCGUCUGCGGUGGACCGAGCUCAGGCAGUGAGCGGCGGUUGCGCACGGCAGACAAGCACAUGGAUAUGUUUGUCCACGAGCGACACUGCCCGAUGAUUGACUCCAAGGAGUUUGCUGGGUUUUUUGACCAGCGGUGCAUCUACGCAACAAACCUCAAGGCAGCAGAUCGCGGGUGCGGGUCAGGCAGACCAUUGCUAACACUUUUGCCUGACUGUGCACUUGUAUUUGAGGUCAAAGUCGGGCCAUCCAACAGUGCGCUGCAGGACACCACGCCUACUGACGAGCUCUUCUUGCGAGACAUAUUUGGCGUUGCUUUUAGCCGAGAAAGGUUCGUAUAUGCACGGGACCCAAUAUUCGAUGCGAACCAGGUGUGGGGGAAGAUUGAGCGCAUUGAGCGUACCAGAGAGGAAUUCGAAGACGGCCGGCCAGUCUCGUAUGCCACCGUCAGCUGUCUGAUCGAGCAUGUGGAAGCACCAUACCUGGUAUCCAUCCGAUUUUACGAUGCGGAUAUACCGCUGGUGCGGCUUUUCCAUGAUGAUGACUACAUUGGCUUGCUCUGCGCCGAGCAGGCCUCAGAUACGGAGUUUGUCUAUGGACUGCAGACAAUUGCCUUCAUCAUGCGCGGCACACGCGCCUCAUACAACGAGACAUCACAAACAAGCGUUGCGUACAAUGACCUCGGGUUCUUUGACUAUCGGCGAUACGCGCACCAGAUCUCGAUUGGCCAACUUGUGCCCGAGAUCAUCAACCUGACGAUGAUGGCGCGAGUCGUCGCAGUCUCUGAAAAUUAUCCGACCCAGGUAGAGAACGGCUCAACUUUGGACCGCUAUGUUCUGCGCAUCGGCGAUGGAACAGGAGUAUGCGAUGCCACAGUUUGGGGUGAGCUUGGAAGAACCGCUGCCCGAACUAUGCCUGGCCAACUGGUGGUGCUGCACAACUUUGAGACCCACGAGGACGAGAGCCCGAAUCCACUCAACGACAGCAGAGUCAUUAUCAAUGGGAGCCUUGCAAUCCAUGCACAGAUAUUCAAUAUCUCGCAGAUGCCUGGAAUGCUAAGCUGCUCUGAGCUGCGGGGAUAUUCGUUCCUGGCUGACAUUGCAGGUGAGGCCAAUUGCUACGUGCGUGCAGCGGUGACUGGGAUACAUAGUGCUGGUGAUUUUGUCAAGGACUCGCGGGACCAAGUAGGGAUAACAAGGUUUGCCCACAAAAAGUGCAGGCGAGCUGUUGUUCCCUCUGCACGUCUAGACGGCACUGUGCUGGAAUCACUCAAGAGCGACUACGAGUUUAGCUGCCAGCGCUGCAAAAUCAAAGAGGUCCCAGACAUUGAUGUUGUGUGGGAGUUUGCGCUUACAGCAGAAAUCGAUGACGGGACUGACUGUUGUACUGCAGAUGUCUCGCCGGAAGCUGCAGCAACAAUCCUGGGGAUAUCACCAUCGCAGUUCCUGUCACUGUCCGCCGAGCACAAACAGCACCAACAACUGAAGAGUCCCUUAGGGCUGGAGUUUGUCAUUUCGCUGACAUCGUUUAUCGACGGCGGUGGUGAUAGUGGCCCUUUGUUGCGCAUUGAAGCAGCAUGUCCGAUAGAUAGGGUAGGGAUGUCUGGGAUACAUGUGUGA